CGUUAUUGCUUUCUUUCUUAAGAAGGCUUCUUCUUCUUUCUCCCGCUCUCAACUAAAACCCUUACCAGAGUCAGAACUAGAAAGAGAAGAGGGAAGGAAGAUUCAAAAAAAUGAGGUUUAAUUUCGACGUAGGGGAAUCAAGCGACGGUUCUCGGAGAUCUCAAACGCCAAAGGAGGAAGUGCAGUGGAUUUUGCUCCAAAACCAUCCCAUAUUUGCCUCCGCCGCUUCAAGUUCCGACGGAAACACAGAAUCCGCAGCUUCAGUUCGAUCUCAGAGGAAUCUUCUAGCUUGGGAUGGAGCCUCCAGGCUCUAUUACUGGGAUCCCGUCAAGCAGUGCCUCCAUCGAAUCUCCAUUCGUUUGGGCGAACCGGAACCAACUUCCGUCACCGCCUCGUCUCCUGCUAAGGUGUUGCAAGCCGAUGUGCGGCUGAAUUUCGUGGUUAGUAGAAUCUCCAUCAACAGAAGUGGAUCGACUUUACUCCUUGCUGGCUCAGAUGGCCUGUGCGUGAUGUACCUUUAUGGGCGUACUUCCACCAAAGACAACACCAUUGUUUGCAGGACUGCUUCAAUUGGGUCACAAAUCUAUUUCAAUGACAGCAAUGUGAUACGGAUACUACAAGUUGCAUGGCAACCAUAUAGUGACACCCAUAUUGGAGUUCUCUCUUCUGAUUCAGUUUUCAGACUUUUUGAUUUGUCUUCAGAUGUCAUGCAACCAGAGCAGGAAUAUUAUUUGCAACCCAUUGAACCUGGUAGAUCCAGAAAUGCUGCAUCAAUCUGCCCAGCUGACUUUUCUUUCGGGGGCGACCACUUGUGGGACAGGUUCAGUGUCUUUGUAUUAUUUAGUGAUGGUUCAGUUUACAUCCUCUGCCCCAUUGUUCCCUUUGGAAGUGUUUAUAAAUGGGAGUCAAUAUUGGAGAUAUAUAAUGAUGCUCAUACCUUUGGGCUGAAGUCUGCCAAUUCAACAGCUGUUAACAAUUCUAAUUUGGCAAUCACUUGGUUGGAAGAAACUUUUCCUGAAUUAUCACAAGAGGCAACAUAUGGGGAAAAUAUCUCUGCUGUCAAGGCUUGUCCCUAUGCUUUAUUCGAUGCAUCACUUGCUUUGCAGGGGCCUCUGCAUAAAGUAUGUCAGGGCAGGGGAGAUGAAACUCUAGCAGUUAGGGGGGCAGAAUGUGAAGGACGUGCAGUCAGCCUCCUCUAUAAUUUAGUCAGCAAAGAUUCAAUUCUGGUGACAGCCUGGAGUGGUGGGCAAUUGCAAAUCGAUGCCCUAGCUGAUGAAAUCCAGCCAGUCUGGAUUGAUGGUAGCUUGCCUCGUCUUCAUGUUGACUCCCAUAAUCGAAUUCUUGGUGUUGCUAUGAUCUGUGAGUCAAUUGUGGAGGAGCACUCAGUUCUGAAGUUUGAUCAACCUUCUGAUAGUACUGCUUGGUUGGGACAUCCACCUCCUCUGUUGCGAUUGGCUAUCGUGGAUUUGGCCUUGCCAGCCAAGACAGAAAAUGGUUCUCUUAUUACAUUAUUUGCUGAUCCCCUUAUGCAAGAAAGAAUAUAUUCCCUUCAUGAUGGAGGCAUAGAUUCAAUAGUGUUGCAUUUUCUUCCUUUUACAAGUCAGAUGGUUGGAAAGGAUGAUAAUAUGAGAACUCCCUCAGUGCAUCCUGUGCUAAGUACAUGUCAGGGGGAAAAGUCCUUACCUUCCCUAUUUGGUUUUCUGUCACUGUCAGAUUCAUUUGGAUAUUCAUGGGUUGUGGUAGUCACCUCCUCUAAAGAAUGUGUUGUGCUUGAGAUGAAAACUUGGAAUUUAUUGCUUCCCAUUCAAGUGGAUACAGAGAAGAAGCCUACUAGCUUGGAACAGCGGAAAGAGAUUGAGACUCCUGAUAUCAUAAAUAAAGAACUCCUAAGUGGUCCUAAGGUGGUUUUAGUUCCCCAGGCUUCACCAAACUUACGUUCUGUUCCUGCUGAUUCUAUUGAUGGCCGUUCUAUUCUUCACCAAUAUUUCAAGCUUUUCCAUGAAAAUUAUGUUGAGUAUGCACAUAAGGUAUACUUUGAGCUGAAACAUCAUGGCCCUCAAUUAAAGAGAAUCAUUGAUGGCCAGCAUGCUCGUUUGGAUGAGGCACAGCAGAAGAUUUUGAAAGUUGAAGCAAAACAGUCUAUUCUGGAGGAGAGAAUUGGUCGUGCAAUCCAGAGACAUAAUUCUUUGGAACAGCGGUUGCAACAUCUAAGAAAUUUGCCUGGGGUGCACAGGAAACCAUUGUCUAGAGCAGAGCAAGAAUUUAAGUCUGAGCUUGAUCAAUUUACAGGUGUCGAGUUGGACUCGUUGAAUUCUUCCAUCGAAUCUUUAAGGGCGAGGCUGAGAAGGUACACACAAUCGUCAAAGGACAAUCCAGUGAGUCGGCAAAGGCAAAUUCCGGGAAGAAACAUUCUUCAGGAUGCCCAAAUCUCCCAGCUGAAAUCCUCACUUGCAAAACUCUCAUUAAUAAAUAAUGAGAACUCUAAAAAGGUUAAAGUCCUUCAGUCUGCAUUAAAAAGCCGGGAAAGCGGCAGAACCUGAAAAACGAUUCAAAACGUGUUAGGAAAUUGUGUCCUCUGGGAGAUGAGUUUCAUUGCUCUUCCCUUGUUCUAUUUAUGCGGCUAAGUUGAUUGAUGAAAGUUGCAGACAACUCUCUGGAUUGGAGGUGGUACCAUCCUCUACCCAUUGCACUAUUUAUCACAGUUGCUGGCAUAUCUUUUGAUUAUUAUGAAAAAAAAAAAAAAUGCGGCUGGCAUGAUGGAAUUUAUGCCCAAGAAUCUGUUUGGCAUGAGAUUGUCCUUUUCCAUUCAAGAUAGGACCUGCUAUUGUAUACGUGUCAUUUCACUCAUGCUAAAAACUGCGAAGAGGUAAGAUGGAACCAAUUGUAGAAACAGAGUUAGGAUACUGGAAAAUUGGAAAUUAUGGUAUGAAUGUAAAAAAUCUGUGUAUGAAAAUCGUCUAUUCGAAUUGCUAAAACUCUGAGCAUGAUCCCACAUGGUAAUUCAG